UGACUUAUAGAAACCCUAGUCAUUCCUAUCUCUCGCGCUCAUCAUAAUCAUUAUCUCUUCGAAUCCUUAUUUCUCCCCCUAUUUAGCCAUCGGAUACCUCCCAAUUUCUCCCUGCUCUGUCGUUUCUCGCAACCUUAAACGCCGCCGUUUUGCCGCUCCGAUCUCCGCCUUUCAGAUUCUAUCAGCUUUCAUUUUCCCGAUGGAUGACGGAAAACUCGAUCUGCCCGAUGAUCUCUUAUCUUCCAAAAUCGGCUCUGAACACUCCCCCAAAGAUCAACUGACUUCGGAGAGCAGCAUACCUUUGUCCCCUCAAUGGCUUUACUCUAAAGUAGCUGAUGCUAAGAUGUUACCUGCUGGAACGACUGGGGAUAUAAAAUCGCCAAUUUUGUUGCCUCGUGGAGCCUCUGGUGAUCCCAAUCUGAAAGAUAGUUGGCGUUUAGAUGGUUCUCAGGACAAGAAAGAAUGGAGGAGGGCCGUGCCUGAUCUAGAAAAGCGUCACUGGCGUGAAGAGGAGAGAGAAACAGGCUUACUUGGCCGGAGAGAUCGCAGAAAAGAAGACCGGCGCCCUGAUAUUUCUGGUGCGCAAGAUAUUAGUAGUCGUGGUUCAGGGAUUGAAUCUCGAAGAGAAAAUAAGUGGUCUUCAAGAUGGGGUCUUGAAGAAAAAGAGAAGGAUUCUCAAAAUGAUAAGAGGACAGAUUCUAAGAUGGAAGAUGCCCCUACUGAGAAACAAGCACUUGCCAUUGGGGGGCGCUUAGCUUCUGAACGCGAGAUUGAUUCUCGUGAUAAAUGGAGACCACGUCAUCGUUUGGAAGUUCAUGCAGGCGGGUCCACUUCUUUCCGCAGUGCUCCAGGAUUCAGCUUGGGGAGGGGACGAGUGGAGAAAUCAAAUGUGGGUUUUACAGUAGGACGAGGGAAGCCUCUUUCUGUUUCUGUUAUUGGUGCUCGUGUCGGGGAUAAAAACAAGACCAUCAAUGCAUAUUGCUACCCAAGAGGAAAACUCCUUGACAUUUACCGCAUGCAAAAGACUUCUCUGAAUUUUGACGUUCUACCUGAUGAGACUGAUCAUUCAUCAACAAUAACACACAAAGAAAUCGUUGAGCCUUUGGCAUUUGUUCCUCCUGAUGCCGAGGAAGAGGCUGUCCUUGGAGAUAUAUGGAAUGUAAAAACUACAAACAGUGACGAGAUCUGCAACUCAUUUAGGGACACAAGUGAAGAAAAACAAUGUUUCUCGGUUAACAGUGAGGAUGGUGUUCAAUCUGGUGAGAAGGCUUCUGUAAACAAAAAUUAUCAAGAAAUGUAUAGUUCAAAAGAAGGUGGACAAAGAUAUGUAUAUGUGACACCAUCUGAUAUUGAUGAAACCAAUGCUUUGGGGUCAGAUAGGGAGAUUGAUGGUUCUGCAAAUUACAUGGAUGGAUUAAAAUCUUUUGAUAAUCAAGCAGUAGCUGAUAGGAAAAUGGAAAAGGACUCCAACAUGAAGGACAAAGAAUCAUCCUGGCAAUUUGGAGUGGGUAGUGAUCUUCCUGAUGGCUCAAGCUCUCUAUUUGGUUUUCAGUCACUGCAGCCUACUCUUGGUUAUAACCAGAUAAAUCUUGAGGGAAAUAAUGAGUCACAUUCACUGGAAAGUAUUACCCCUCCAGAGGAAUUGAGCUUGUGCUAUCUUGAUCCUCAAGGGGUAGUUCAGGGACCAUAUCUGGGAAUUGACAUAAUUUCAUGGUUUGAGCAAGGUUAUUUUGGUACAGACUUACCUGUUCGAUUGGCAAAUGCUCCUGAUGGAUUGCCUUUCCAAGGACUUGGUGAAUUGAUGCCUCACUUAAGGAUGAAUUCUGGUUCAGCCUCCGGUGUUGGUGCAGUUACAAGAAUGCAAAUACCUGAUCAGUUUGAAGGGAGCUUGGAAGAGACCAUAUCUUCCGCUUCUGCUCCAGAGUUGAAGGGGUCUGCCAUUGGACGUGAGCAUCAGCAGUUUUUGUCUGCUUUUGAGACUUCUGGUACUAAUUUUCAGUUAAGAGUGCCUUCUCAAAGUUAUCAUUCCGAGCAUCAGUUUUCUGAAGAUCAAAAGCUCCACAAAUUUGCUGAUGCUGGUGCAGAUGAAAUUAUUUUUCCCAGAAGGCCUGGAAGUGCUGGUGCGGAGCCUUUUAAAGUUUCUGGUGAAAUUCAAGAUCCUUUUAGUAGCAAUCCUGCAAGCCAUCUGCCUAUUUCAAAUGAAUUUUCAAAAACCAUUGUGCCUUCUCAUCGUGGUGACGAGUUACUUCCAGAUGCUCGGUCUGAUGAUUACAGAAGAAAUUCUGUGUUUAAUCCUAACAUUCAUCUAGGCAGCCCCUUAUCUCACAGGGAACAAGAACACAAUGGUUUGGACCUGGUACAGCACUUAAUGUCACAAAAGUUGCCCAGUGAAUCACAAUCAACUGGAUUUGGUUCCGAGCAAAUUUAUAGUUUGCAAAGCAAGAAUCUCAAUCAUCAGCAGUCAAUCCAUCUUUCAGCUCCGCAUAUGGAACAUCUUUUGGAACUUCAGUUUGAACAGCAGCGGCAGUUGGAACUUCAGCGAGAGCAGCAGCAUCAUAACCAUCAAAUUCAUUUGUUGCAGCAAUUGCAACAGCAACAUCUACAUCAGCAGCCAUCUCAAGUUCGGGAGUUGCUACUUAAUCAAUUGCUGAAGCAUCAAGUUUCUGAUCCUGUUUAUGGCCAGCACACAUUUGAUGUUGCUAGAGACAACUUGCUUGAUCAGAUUCAGUUAAAAAAGCAUCUUCUGGAUGGAUUGCAGCAGAAUUCUCAUGCUUCAAUGCACUUGGAUCUAUCACCGGAGCAGAUUAUCCAAGCAAAGAUAAACCAGAGUGCAGUUCUAGGGCAGCAGGCUGAUAUUUUGGAUUUCAUGUUACAAGCGAAGUAUGGCAAUAUGAUUCCUUCAGAGCAUCAGCUUCGUCUUCAACGUGAUCAGUUUCAAGCUGAGCAAUUAUCUAGGGCACUGAACCAACAAUUAAGUAUGGAGGGGGAUAGACAACAUGCUGGUUCUUGGUCUGUAGAUGAAGUUGGUCAGUUUGUCAGGAAUCCUGGCAUUCAUCCCCAGGCUCAAACAGCGGGGCUGAAUGGUUCAGAUCCUCACCAAAAGAGGUUUUCAUCUUCUGAAGAGCAAUUCAGCAAUCUUCAAAUGAAUCGUGCUUUGCAGGAGCAACAGCAGCGAGGGGCUUUUGACCCCAGUGCUACAGAAUUUGCCAGGUCUCUUUCUGCAGCUGCUCCUGGGAUGAAAGUAGACAAUGUAAAUACUCUAGAUCUAUCUGAGCAUUUCUAUAUGCACUAUAACAACCAACUAGGUCCAUUUUCUUCUGGUAAUCACUCUCUUGACCGGCAAGUUUCGGGUGAUGUGUACACUUCUCAUCCAGAUUUAAUAGAGAGCUACCAGUCUAGGCAAAAUGGGCAGCUAGAAAAUAGUUGGGCGGAAAAUCAAAUGCAACAAUUAAGUCUUGAAGCAGAUCUGCAAAGAAGGGAGUCUGAAGUUGAUUCAAACACUUGGACACCAACUGGAGGGAUUCAUGAAAACUCUAAGAAAGCUUUAAUGGACCUUCUUCACCAAAAACUUGGUAUUCAAUAUGGACAGUCAUCAGAAGUAGAUUAUCAAUAUUCUACAUCGUCUUCGAAUCCACCUUUUAAUCAUUUCAAAGAUCAGGAAGUUCAUGAGAACGUUUCUUUAUCAGAAGGCCCUCAAAAUUCUGUCUCAUUUACAGAAGAACAGUCGUUUUUGUUGGACUCUGAGGAUCCCUUUUCUAGUAGUUAUGCAGAUGCUAGGCUGAUGGCAAAAUCCACAGUGGACAAAGAAUUAGUUGAACUGGAGGGCAAGGAGAAGAUAAGUGGAUUGAAAGGCAUGAUUUCUAGGAGCGGUUCUGUGUCAGGGUCUGAGGACUUAGAGCAAGUAGAGACAUCUUUGAACUACGAUGAUCUACAAGGUCAAACCCAUGUCCGACAUGGUUCUUUUAGUGAUAAAACUUCACACGUUUCUUCAACCCAGAAUGUUUUUUCCGAACAAAACACAGUGCUUAUGAAGCAGAAAAGCCUUGCAACUUCUGAAGGAAGACAGGAAGGCAUGUUGAUGUAUGCAGGUGCAAAGAGGAACACAAAAACUCGGGCAUCGGGCAACGAUGCAGGUAUGAGAAUGACCUCAUCUUCCAAUGAUGCUGCAGUGUCUGAGGCAUCAUCAUUCAUAGAUAUUCUCAAGCAGCCGGCUCAUCUUCACGGAAUCAAAGCAGCAGUGUACGGCUCUGCUUUUGAGCCAUCAUCUGAUGCGCCUGCCUCACAAGUUCCCCGAUCUAGCAAGAAAAAAGGGAAGAAGGGAAAACAGAUCGAUCCGGCCUUGCUCGGUUUCAAGGUUACAAGCAACCGCAUAUUGAUGGGUGAGAUCCAACGCCCUAACGAGUAACUUUUCUCAUCUGCUUGUACCAGUCUACCAGAUCAUGUUGUACAUUCUCCGUAAAUUUUUUUUACCAUUUCUUUUUCCUUCAGAUAAAUAUCACUUCUGUACAGACUAUAUUUGAGAUGCAUAGUUAAUUUA